GCAGACAUACAAUCUAAAAUUGCCAAAAUUUGUCUAAUCUAACUCUUAGCUCUUGUACUUCUUAUAGUACCUAUUUAAAUUUAAAGGCUCCAAGUACCUAAAAUAAUAUUAUCAACUUCAAUAUACUCAAGGAGAAAGAUUAUUCAAAUACUAACAUGCAUUCGGAUACUUUAAUGGAAUACGUGUUGGUGAACUACCGAUGGGUGUUUGUAGUAUUCUUCCUCUUGCCAUGUACCGUUUUGGGAAAGAUGUGGGCCGCUUUCGAAAAAAUGUCAUGGUCACGCCGCUGUCGUACCGGACUUAACCACGAGAAAAAAGUUGAAAACAUUCAGCGUGAGGUACGGUAUAGAAAUGUACACGCUUUAGACCGUGUAAUGUGUACGGCCAGACCUAGCUGGAGAAGUAUGACUUUGGCUGAAAUGACGUACAAGAAACGCAUGUUCAACAUAAACGUCCAUUUGGAUGAGAUGAUUUCCAUCGAUAGUCACAGUCGAACAGUCAGGGUUGAACCAAGUAUUACAGUGGGCCAGUUAAUUCCAAUAUUGAUUCAAUCGGGGUGGACAGUACCCGUCGCCUUGGACUUGGAAGAUUUAACUAUCGGCGGAUUAGUUAUGGGCAUAGGAUUGGAAUCUUCAUCUUUCAAGUUCGGAUUGUUUCAUAAGACGUGUACCCGAUACGAAAUAGUCACAGCUGAAGGUGAUUUGAUCACAUGUUCAGAGUCGGAAAAUCCAGACGUUUUCGAAUGUAUCCCAUUUUCGUACGGCACACUGGGAUUCUUGACCGCUAUAGACAUUAGAAUAAUACCGGCAAAAAAAUAUGUCAGACUCCAAUAUCGUCCGAUUAGUUCUUUGGAAAAAAUUCAAUCCAGCCUUAUCUCAGAAACACUUGAUGUAGAAAACAAUGAUUUUGUCGAGCUACUAAUGUUUAGUAAAAAUGAAGGUGUUCUGAUAACUGGAAAAAUGACGAAUGGCAAUCAAAACACAAAAAACGUUAACGAAAUUGGUAGAUUUUAUAAACCAUGGUUUUUUAAACACGUUGAGUCAUUGUUAUUAUCACAGAAGUAUGCCGAAGAAUACAUUCCAUUAAAAGAUUAUUACUUUAGACAUAAUAAUUCUUUAUUUUGGGAAGUACAGGAUAUAAUACCUUUUGGAAACCAUCCAGUAUUUCGUUAUCUAUUAGGAUGGAUAAUGCCUGCAAAAGUGGCACUACUGAAAUUAACACAAACAGACACUAUUAAACAAUUGUACGAUGAACAUCAUUUUAUAGAUGACUUUAUACUACCAAUUUCAAGUCUGAAAAAGUCUGUGGAAAAAUUUCAUGAACAUUUGAAUAUUUAUCCUAUUUGGGUUUGUCCAACUGUUUUAAACCCAGGCCAUGGCCUUGUACAUUCAUAUGCGCCAGUAGACAAAAUGUAUAUUGAUAUUGGUUUAUAUGGAGAACCCAAAGUAUCCAAUUAUAAGUCAGGUAUCGCAAAGGAUUUAGAACUAUUUGUACUCAAGUUAAAGGGGUUUAAGAUGAUGUAUGUUGGUACUUAUUUGAAUGUAAGUGAGUUCAAGAAAAUGUUUGAUCAUCAUUUGUAUCAGAGUACUCGAAUGAAGCUUAAUUGUACAUAUAACUUUCCAGAAGUCUAUGACAAAGUGAAUAAAAAAGUUAGAAGAUAAUAAUACCUUCAAAAGCAAAAAAUGUUAGCAUU